UCCCUCGAUGGGAAAAUAGGCAUUACUCGAUUCCAGUCCCUCGAUGGGAAAAUAGGCAUUACUCGAUUCCAGUACUUCAAUAGGAAAAUAGGCAUUACUCGAUUCCAGCAUCUCAAUGGGAAAAUAGGCAAUACUCGAUUCCAGUCCUUCAAAAGGAAAAUAGGCAUUACUCGAUUCCAGUAUCGCAAUGGGAAAAUAGGCAUUACUCGAUUCCAGUCCCUCGAUGGGAAAAUAGGCAUUACUCGAUUCCAGUCCCUCGAUGGGAAAAUAGGCAUUACUCGAUUCCAGUACUUCAAUAGGAAAAUAGGCAUUACUCGAUUCCAGCAUCUCAAUGGGAAAAUAGGCAUUACUCGAUUCCAGUCCUUCAAAAGGAAAAUAGGCAUUACUCGAUUCCAGUAUCGCAAUGGGAAAAUAGGCAUUACUCGAUUCCAGCAUUUCAAUGGGAAAAUAGGCAUUACUCGAUUCCAGUCCUUCAAUAGGAAAAUAGGCAUUACUCGAUUCCAGUAUCUCAAUGGGAAAAUAGGCAUUACUCGAUUCCAGUAUCUCAGUGGGAAAAUAGGCAUUACUCGAUUCCAGUCCCUCGAUGGGAAAAUAGGCAUUACUCGAUUCCAGUCCCUCGAUGGGAAAAUAGGCAUUACUCGAUUCCAGUCCUUCAAUAGGAAAAUAGGCAUUACUCGAUUCCAGUAUCGCAAUGGGAAAAUACAUAUUAUACAAGCAGUACAGUGCCACGUCUAA